AUGGUCUCUGGAUGCUGCAACAGCUCUAGGCAGCUGAGGACUGUGAUGCAGCUGUGGGAUCCAGCACCCAAAGGCAGUUUCAGUGGCAUUGGUGGGAUGCAGGCAUCUGGGUUGCAGCAGGGGAGGGUCCCAGCAGUAACCCCAAGAAGAGAGUCUCAUCGGCUCAGCAGUGAGGGGGAUGUGAGGUUCCAAGGACAGUUUACUAGACAUGCUCACACUGUCUUAUGCCACGACUGCAGUCUGGCUUGCCCUCUCCACCACAACAUGCUACAACUCCCAGCAACUGCCAGUACUCACAGAGCCUCACAGAGUGCAGAGCCUCAGAGCUUUGACUCUCCUGCCUCUUGUUGCAGCAGAGGUGAUGGAACCAAUGACAACACCCAGGGAAAUUUCAUCCUUUUGGGGUAUUCUGAUCAUCCCCAUCUGGAGAGAAUCCACUUUGUGGUCAUCUCGAUUGCAUAUCUCCUGACACUUGUGGGCAAUACUACCAUAAUCCUGGUGUUCCGGCUGGACUUCCACCUCCACACUCCCAUGUACUUCUUUCUCACACACCUCUACUUCCUGGACCUCAGUUUUAGCACCAGCUCCAUCCCCCAGCUUCUCUGUAACCUGAGUGGAGGUGACAAGACCAUCAGCUACACUGGCUGUGCUGUCCAGCUCUUCCUAUUCCUGGGUCUGGGGGGUGUGGAGUGUCUGCUCCUGGCAGUCAUGGCAUAUGACUGUUUUGUUGCAGUCUGCAAGCCCCUUCACUCCAUGGUGAUCAUGAAUCCAUGCCUCUGCAUGGCCUUGGUGUUGGUGGCUUGGGGCUGUGGGAUGGCCAACUCCUUGGCCAUGUCCCCAGUUACCCUGCUCUUUCCACAUUGUGGGAACCACCAUGUGGACCACUUCCUAUGUGAGAUGCCCACCCUGAUCAGGAUGGCCUGUGUCAAUACAGCUGCUAUUGAGGGCACUGCCUUUGUCCUGGCAGUGGGCAUUGUGCUGUCACCUCUGGUACUUAUCCUGGUCUCCUAUGGCUACAUCAUGAAGGCAGUGUUACAAAUUCAGUCAGUAUGAGGGAGACAAAAGGCUUUCAACACCUGUGGCUCCCAUCUCACUUUCUAUGGAAACAUCAUGUACAUGUGCACGCAACCUGGGAACAGCUCUUCCCAAGACCAGGGCAAGUUCCUCACCCUCUUCUACAACAUCAUCACCCCUCUCCUGAUCUCCCUGAUCUACACCCUCAGAAACAAAGAGGCAAAUGGGGCACUGAGGAGGCUGAUGCUGGGUGACAGAGAGGUAGGAAAGAAGUAA